ACUCGUAUAUCCGUAGUUUUGCUCAUCUACAUCAUAUCACAACACCGUUGCAACACCGCCUCUUACAACCCAUACCAUUAGUACCAUUCGCACCAAUGCCACCACCACACACACCCGCUGUCGAUACUCGUACACAAAUAGUUGAUAUUGUUGAACCACAUGCGCAAGCAUCUAAUGGAUAUUCACAAUAUUGGAAAAACUUUGCUAACCCAAAUCCUCUAAAUCUGGUUUAUAGAAAUUUCGAUGAAGACACCGACUUCGUACCACUCGAGCAACAACAACAGCGACAAUCACAACAGGCACGUGCUGGUACACUGGAUCUGAGGGACAAACCGUUUGAUGUUGAUGUGGUGACAAGCGAGGUUAAUGGCGGCAACCAAGGCCCUGGUUUGUUUUUCCAACAAACCUUCCCCUUCGGCAGUGAUAUCUUUAAUCCAUUUGUCGGUUUUGGAUUUGGCGGUUCCCCGCGACAACAGUGGUGGAAAGGUCCAAACGUUUGCAUCGACAAGGAAGAGGACGAAAAGGUAAUCGAUUCCAAAGCUGAUUCCACCAGCGAUGAAGAGAUUGCUCCAGGUGUUUCGGAGGUCGUUGACGUGAGACCCAGCAUUUUCGGACAAUAUCAAAUUAGCCUCAAUUCAUGUGUUGAGAAACACAACAAAUACGUUUGUACUCGAAUCUUAACCCAAAAUGGCAAGAGGAAAACGGUUACCGUAACACGUCAGUGCUGUCAUGGUUAUGGACGUCCACGUAAUGCCGACUUCGCAACGCCAUGCGAGAAAAUGGAAAUUAAAAGCAUCGACGAAACUGCAGUCGAUAUGGGAGCCAAAGAGUUCGUGGCGACUGCCAAGAAUGCUGGCAUAAGCGAUGUGUUUGGCAAGAAAAACGUGACCAUCUUUAUGCCUUUGGAUGCAGCUUUCAAUGACUACCUCGAACAAAUGCAAAGCGAAAAUAACGCUGUUGAGCCUAAGGCCGAUGGUACUAUGAUGAACUUAUAUAAGCGUCAUAUUGUGGAUGGUGAAAUCAGCUUGUAUGAUCUGAGAAACGAUCAAUUGUUGAAGACUCAGCAACCCGAUCAGUCCAUACGUAUUAACACCUUUGAGGUGCCACUCGCUUUGGGCGAUGAACCUUACCGCUUUACAGCCAACUGCGUACCAAUUGAGAAACAUGAUAAGCUUUCGGAUCUGGGUAUGAUUCACACCUUGGGCGGUGUAAUGAAGCCAGUAACCAAAAACGUUAUGGAUUUAAUACGCGAACGUGCCGAUAUGUCGAUUAUGCGCACCGUACUCGAGACCACCAAGCUGAAUGAGCUGUUAGAGGGUGAGAAACCAGUCACCAUUUUUGUGCCGACCGAUGACGCUUUCGACAAAGUGGAUUCACAUCUCCGACGUGCACUUAAGGAAGGCAAAGGCUGUGCUGCAAACAUUUUAAAGAAUCACAUUCUCGAUUUGACCUUCUGCUCUGUUGCCUCCAUACCCGGUGCCAAGACUACCGCCUACAACGUGCUUGGUGAAGCGAUGCGUUUCAAUCGCAGCGACUCAUCCGCUGGCAAAUCAGAAGUUGCCGAUUUGGUUGGUGAGCAGCCGGUCAUCAUCAAUGGCAUUGCGAAAAUCAUUGAUGCGGACAUAAUGGGCACCAACGGCGUAUUGCAUGUGAUUGAUACCAUUCUACCAACAAUGUCUGCAUUACCGCUAUCGACAUUGAUGGAAGAGAAGAAUGUUACCAUCUUUAAGCGGCUUCUUGAGGCCGCUGGAUUGGAUAACAGCUUCGAUGACAUGGAUAAUGUGACGGUAUUCGCACCAACUGACAAAGCUUUGCAAGACUCCAAAUGGGCACAGCUGUUGGAAGAGUCACCGGAACAGUUGCGCAAUAACGCUGAAUUGAUUGAAUUCCUCAAAUACCACGUCGUGCAACCGAUGACAAAGACCUGCGACUUGUCAGAUACCACCUUGCCCACUAUUGCUGGUCCAGAAGUGCGUGUAAAUCUCUACUCCACACAUGCGCUCUUCUCGAAUGUGAUGAAUCGUGCUACCGUCAAUUGCGCGCGGCUGGUGCACUUCGAUGAUGAAAGCUGUGGUUCAGUGUUGCAUCAAGUGGACAAACCACUGGAGGCACCAAAAUUGAAUCUCUUGGAGUUCUUGGAAUCCAAUCCCAUGUAUAGCAAAUUCCUUGAAUUGGUGCGUGCCGCCAAUCUAAGCAGCAUCUUGACAAAUGCCAGUGAUAGCUACACACUGCUUGUGCCCAAGAACGACGUAUUCGAGGAAGUCGCCGACUGGCAGACGACACUUACCAAAGAUAAAUCCGAACUAGAAGAUCUGGUCAAGACUCAUAUCGUAAAUGAUGUUGUCUGCUGUGCUGGUAUUAUACCGACCAAAUGGCCAUUUAUGCGUUCGAUUGAGACACUGAAUGGCGCUCAUUUGCGCAUUACCCGCGAACGUCGCCCGAAGAUCGCAAAUGCUGGUGUGACCAAGUGUGAUGCGAUCGCCACGAAUGGUAUUGUGCACGAGAUCAAUGACAUAAUAGUUCCUGAAAAACGUCAACAGCGACCACAACCACAGUAUCAGCCAGAUGUGGAAAGUUUUGGUGAUUUCUUCUUCUAAAUACAUACUUCACUUGGUCAAAACGUGCACGCAUAAAUACGUACAUACAUACAUAGUUGGCUAAAAGUUUGUAAGAAUUUACAGAUGCUGUUUGAUACUUUGAGAAUAACUGAUCAAUUCUUGCAAUAGCAUUAAUUAAGGAAAAGGAAUUGACUUUACAAGUUUACUAUUGCGAUAUUUUUUUUCUGUGUAUUUAUUUAAUAUAAAAAGUUUCUUAUAAUCUGAUCUAAACAUUCGAAAUAUAUACA